AAGCGUGAGAUUAGAAGAAGCAAAAGCUGUUAAUGAACGCAAUAGUAGCAAGGCUCCGUUGGAUCGAUCUCAACACUCCUCUCUCUCCCCUGUUUGGUCUUUCCCCAUUUUUUUUUCUUUCAACUCAAAAUUUUUCCCUUUUGAUAAAUUUAUUCAAUCUCCAUCUCCGAAAGUUCAUCGCAUAAAUAAAUUUUUCACAAAUUUCAGAAAAUAAUAAUUUAAUCAAUCAAAAAUUUUAGAAAAAAAAAUUGGUUUUAGACAUUCAUUUUUUCCCAUCUUUAAAUCAUUUGUCAUAUCAUUUUAUUGAUUUGAGUGAUUUCUUAUUUUUCCAUGGGGAAUACCUUUAAAUUCUCUCUUCAUUGUUUCCUUUUUCCAGUUUGAUUACAAUUUAUUCAACAAAAAUCAAAAACCUAACUAGGGCUAGUAUUUUCUUGAUUGAUUUUUGAAUUUAAGUUUAUUGAUAAAUUGAUUCCAUUUACAUGGAAGUACCUAGAGUUGGCAACAAAUUUAGGCUUGGUAGGAAGAUCGGAAGUGGCUCAUUUGGAGAGAUCUUACUUGGUGUUAAUAUACAGACUAAUGAGGAGGUGGCAAUUAAGCUUGAAAAUGUGAAAACAAAGCAUCCACAACUGCUAUAUGAGUCCAAGUUAUAUAAAAUUCUACAAGGAGGAACUGGAAUUCCCAAUUUGAGAUGGUAUGGUGUCGAAGGGGACUACAAUGUUCUCGUCAUAGAUUUAUUAGGACCCAGCCUAGAAGAUUUAUUCAACUUCUGCAGUAGAAAGUUUUCACUAAAAACUGUUCUUAUGCUUGCUGAUCAAAUGAUCAAUCGAGUUGAAUUUGUUCAUUGUAAAUCCUUCUUGCAUCGAGAUAUAAAGCCAGAUAACUUCCUCAUGGGAUUAAGUCGACGCGCAAAUCAGGUCUACAUGAUUGAUUUUGGUCUAGCGAAGAAGUAUAGGGACAGUUCAACCCAUCAACAUAUUCCUUAUAGGGAGAACAAGAAUUUGACUGGGACUGCUAGAUAUGCAAGCAUGAAUACUCACCUAGGAAUUGAGCAAAGUCGGAGGGAUGACUUAGAAUCACUGGGUUACGUUCUCAUGUAUUUUUUGAGAGGAAGUCUUCCCUGGCAGGGGCUGAAAGCUGGGAACAAAAAACAGAAGUAUGAAAAGAUUAGUGAGAAAAAAGUAUCGACCUCUAUUGAGGCUUUAUGUCGAGGUUAUCCAACAGAAUUUGCAUCUUACUUUCACUAUUGCCGUUCACUGCGGUUUGAUGAUAAGCCGGAUUAUGCCUAUCUGAAAAGGAUCUUCCGUGACCUGUUUAUUCGAGAAGGAUUUCAGUUUGAUUAUGUCUUCGAUUGGACCAUCUUGAAAUAUCAGCAAUCCCAGAUUGUUGCUCCUCCUCCUCGCGCUCAAGGUGCUGCUGGACCAAGCUCCAGGCUACCUCAUGGUGCCAAUGACAGACAAUCUGGUGCUGAGGAAGGGAGACCUUCUAAUUGGUUUUCAGCAGACUCAUCUCGUAGGAGAUUAACAAGCUUGCCGAAACAGAAAAGUCCUGCCACAAGCGAUCCAGCAGCCACAAAAGAUCCCAUGUUAUCGAAUUCCCUAGCAAGAACGAGCACAUCAGCUAAACGUGCUGCAGGGUCAAGCAGUCGGGAUGCAGUGUUUGCUUGGAGUGACGCAGAUACGACUCGCCUUACUGGGGAUUCCGGUCUUCAGAAAGUAAAAAGUGGGCUUCGUAUUUCACCAUUUGUAUCCUUAGAGCAUCUUCCCUCGUUUUCCGCUAGAGUAACGUCAAAUGAACAUACUCUUGAAUCUACCAUCAAGAAAAUCGAAGGCCUUAAUGUUAGCAAUGAAGAGAGGCUGGAGUAAUAACCUACUAGCCCAGCUCCUUUAGACCUCACUUUCUCUCCCAUGUUAAUCUCAACACAACAGUUUGUUUAUUUAUAUGGACGUUUACCGUUCUUCGUCCUAUUUCGUUAAGCUCCAUUUCGUCUUCCCCCUAUUAAUUUUCUAUAAAAUUUGUUCGGACAGGCUAAAGCCCGAAAUGGAAGGAAUGAUAUUGGAAGAGGUAAGCACACUCUGGGUAGCAUUUGUAAAGUUUUUUUUAUACUCCUAGUUCUCAUUAAUGGAGGUUGAAUGCAAAUUACAUGUUCGCCACUGAUCAGUUUACUACUUGAGAAUUAGGUCUUACCUCAGGUGCAACAUGUAUUACUUUUCUCAGAAAGACAUGAGUUUGAUUCUCACUGCCCCGCCCCUUCCCCUAGCGUAUACCAUAUCAAAAAAAGGUUUAUGCACCUACUUGUUACAAAAUUUAUUGAACCAUCAAAAACAAUAUAAUCAAUAUUUUGGGUAGUUCUUAACAUCAAAAGAUGAAAGAUGUCUAUUUAUAUGCAUCAUGUAUAUAUGUAUUGGACUAAUUCUAUGGUAUGUACUUCCAUUAGAAGGUAUAUCAUUCCUUUCUAUAGUACUUGAUCAAUUUAUUUGGUUUAUGCAACUCAAUUUUGUGGAAAAUUUCAUUUUAUAGAAAUUAUUUUAUUUGUAUGAAAUAACCUUUGUGUGUCUUGAUUAAUUUAUUUGAGUUUGUAUAUCUUUGGAAAUAAUGUUGGAUUUGUACUCACCAAGGAAUCAAUAGUUAGUAACUUACUAUUCCGUCCAAGUAAAUUUGCUAUAUUGUACUCCCUUUUAUUUUGAUCAAAUUUUCUGUUAGAUGAUGCAUGGGUGUGGGACUACAUGGGAUUUUAUGAGAGGAGUGAAUAAGAAAAAAUUUGAUAAUUUAAUAGCAAUUGUGUAAAUAGUUGAAUCUUAUAAGGCAUAGGGAAAAACCGUUGCGAAAUAAGACAAUGA